UGACAGGUUUUGUCUAUUGACGUGAACUUUUCCAUCGUGACUUUGGCUCCAAGUUGCGGCAACGUUCUUGGUAACUCGGCUGCGCGAUCUGACAAUGUAAACAAACUUUCAUUUCGGUGCCGGAAUAAUAGCCUAAUAUUGUUCUCGUAAUGAAAGUAAACAAUAUAACUUCUAGACAACUUUACAAGUAUUUACUGAGAGAAUGUAAGAAGCUUCCUGAAAACGCCCAGAGUCAUUACAAAUAUCACAUAAGACAGGGAUUUGAGCAACAUGCAGAAGAAACUGACCCAGAACGCAUUAGUCAGAUAAUAAGUCGGGCAGUGGAGGAUGGGAAGUGGGUUAUUGAAAAGUAUACCAAAAGGAAUUAACAGUACAGAGUAAGCUAAAACUCACUCCAAAGAACGGGAGUACUGUAAUAUGGAAAUUGCCAUUGAAGAGUCACCUUUCUCAGGAAAUAGAGAACAUUUCUGGGGUGCUGUGCAGAUAUACACCGAGAAGUCUCACAUUCUGAAUCGCAAAAUAUGUGGAUCCUCUAAUAUAGCUAUUGGAUUUUGCAGUGAAGACUUUUACAAUGAUAAUAUUACCUCUGAAUUUGUUGAUAGACUUUCUCAAGAUGUAAAGUCCUAUGAAAGGCCUCUUGAAACAGGUGCUAAUAACAUUCAGUCAAACAGUCAGGCACUUUUUAGUAAUGACCAUCAGGAACUACAACAGAUUGAAUGCCUAAGAAGACUUCUAAAGAGAGAGGCUACAUUUCAUCAGACCAAUACCAAAAACUGUUCUUUGCAAACUCAGGCGGCAGAUAACUUGGAUAAAGAUGAACCGUGUUCAGAAUCAGAUGUUACCUUGGUGAGGAAUGGAACAAGCAUACCGUGGCAGGAGCUGUCUUCUCAUAAGAAGAUUGCAGUUGCUGUUAUUAGAAAAAUUCAUCCCAAACAAUUGCAAAAGUUUGCUCCGCAAUUAGAAGUGGUAUUACUAGAUGGUUGGAAAACAUCUGCAUCUUAUAUAACUAGACUAGUUGCACAAGCAACAACUGCUCUGCCACGCAUCAAUUACUCCUUCCAGUUGAGCAACAGUGGAAUACUAUUGACUGCUGUUGUUGGUGAAGGUUGCGAGGUAAAAUCAUCUGACAGUAAUGUUUUGUGGUUGAAGAACAACGUACUUCCAAAAAUUGUUAAAUGGGCAACAGAAGUUGAAGAUGAUGGGAUGAAACCAGAGCGAGGGUCUCUCACUCUUAUGAAUGUUCAGGAGUACAACGAACUUUAUCAAAAUCUAAAAGUCAAGUAUGGACAACCUUUAGUUGAGAAUUGGCCAGAGAAUACUGAUCCUCAAAAAUUUGUAUUUGAAGAUGUGGCCAUUGCAACUUAUCUUAUUUUGUUGUGGAGAAAGGAGAGAGAAGUCAAAGGCAUCACUGAUUACCAGACAUUUGUUGACUUGGGAUGUGGAAAUGGACUCCUUGUUUACAUUCUCUCAGGAGAAGGACAUAAAGGACUUGGGAUAGACCUCAAAAAGCGAAGCAUCUGGGACACUUUUCCAGAAAGAGUGGUUUUGCAGGAAGGUGUUGUUGAACCCUCAUGCAAAAAUCUCUUCCCUGACUAUGAUUGGUUGAUUGGUAACCACUCUGAUGAACUAACUCCAUGGCUUCCUGUCAUAGCAGCCAAGUCAAAGUAUACAACACGCUUCUUUGUGAUUCCUUGUUGUGCCCAUGAUUUUGAUUGCAAAUACAAAAGACAGCAUGCUGGGAUAAGCCAGUAUGCCGAUUAUAUUCAAUAUAUUAAAGAAGUGGGCUUAGUUUGUGGUUUCCACAUGUCACAGGACAAGCUGAGGAUUCCUUCAACAAAAAGGGUUUGUCUCAUUGGGCAAGAGAGAACGUAUAGUUUUGAUGAUUCACCCCGGGUCAUGAGGGGUAUUGAUGAAUUCAUACAAAAUAGAAAUGAGUUCAAUGCAAAGGCAGCUGCUUUUGAAAAUGGAACCAGAUUUGUUAACAAUGUUGAUGAAAGUGGUAAAAGGACUGCUGAUUCUCUAUGGUCAACCAAUUUCAAGGCCAGGGAAGCAGUGCAACCAGUCCGCAAUUGUACAAGGUUGAAGGAUGAUGUGAAGCAUGACUUGCUUGCUACUAUUGUUGAUAUUCUCUUAGAAAAGAAGCACCUAGUUGAGGUUGAUGUUGGUUGCCAAAAAUCAGUUUAUUGGGAUAAAGGCAGAAGUAUAAACUUGGGAGACUUAGCCAAACGAAUUGGCCCAGAGCGGUUGUUAUCCUUGAAGAAGGAGUGUGGAGGCCUCCAGACAUUACUGAGAAAUCACAGACACAUGUUCUCUAUUUUGCAAGGGGAAGUUAGUCUUCAGAUUCCUGUGACUGAAUGGAAAGCCAGUGUUCCAAAGGAUCGCAUUAAAACAAAACAGUGUUGGUUCCAUCACAACCACUACCAGAAUUGUCCAUUGCCCUCAUCUGCUUGUAUAUAUGCUCAUGGUGAAGAUGAUAUUAGAACUAAUUUAUAGAAAUUUUUUAUUUGUU